AUGUUCAUCACCACUACGUGCACCCUGGCCCUCCUCGCCACCUCCCUCUUCCUCUCCAACACAUUCGCGGCUCCGAACCCCCUCGGUGGCCCGUUCGCCUAUUCCGGCGUCUCCUCCGGCCCCGUCCCCUACGGCUCGCAAGCCUCAAUCUACUCACCCAACAGUCUAAUCACCACCCAAUCCAACAUCCAAGCCAACACCGAAAUCGCUCCCCAGGUCAACGUAGCGCCCACGAUCCCCAUUCCUUACGCCGAGCCGUACUCGGUUCCUGUCCCUGUGGCUUCUGCAUACCCAUACCCUGUCCCGACGGCCACGAACUGGUGGAAGAAGCGGGGGUAUGAUGGUCACGAUGAUUGCUGUGAUGAUGAUUGCUGCUGCGACGACGACUGGUGGGGUGGUGGACGAGGACGUGGUAGGUGGUGA